CUCCCUUCUGUCUUUUCCUGGUGCCCUACCAGCGGGGAACCCGGCUUCCGAAGGUCGGGUUUAGGGACGAGAUGUACUACAAGUUCAGCGGCUUCACCCAGAAGCUGGCUGGGUCCUGGGCUUCGGCUGCCUACAACCCGCAGGGUUUAAAACCAGUGACAUCCUCAGAAGCACCACCUAUUAUAUUUGCCACACCAACAAAAUUUGCCUCAGAAACAACUACAUAUGAUUAUGCUGGGAAAAACAGAGUUCCAGAGCUGCAGAAAUUUUUUCAGAAACCUGAUGGUCUGCCUGUCCACUUGAAACAUGGUCUACCUGACCAAAUGCUCUAUCGGACCACCAUGGCUUUGACACUGGGAGGGACCAUCUACUGCCUGAUAGCUCUCUACAUGGCUUCACAGCCCAAAAAUAAAUGAGUUGGGGGUUCAUAAGACUGAUUGAUUUAUCAACAAGAGUUUUGGCAUAAAACCCUUUGAAUUUUCUACUUUCCUAAUUAACAGUGAAUAUUCUGACCUGAAUAACUUAUUCUUCAGAUAGAUUUAAAAAGUUUAUCAUAAGGAAACAUUUUGGUUGGUUGGUUUCUGAAAAUAAGUGGAUUAUCAGAACAUGUUGAAGAGUUUACUGGUAUUUAAGCCAAGGUGAUGAUGCCGUUCUAAUUGGAUCUCCCUUAUUUCUCCAGAGGUUGGGAGGCCAGCUCAUUAACACCACACUGUGAUGAGGACACCAGAGAUUCCUGGUUGUGCCUGUCAGCAGCCCCUCUAGAGAGACUGCAAGUGGGGGAAGCUUUUCUAUAACAGAUGUGCUAGCCGAGGGAGGAGGCACCAGUGGCAGGAAGUCCUUUAACUUCUGAAUGCCAAAAAUCUGUUCUUUCUGACACCACAAAUUUCACUGGGAAUUUAAUUAGCUGCUAAUUUGAGAAUUUUUCCAUCUUGCAGUAUGGUGUUAAUAGAAAUUAUUUUCUGUUGACUAUCCAUAUACCCAUGACUAUCAUAGAGUUUCCAAAGGGUUAUAUGCCUGAACUCUGACCUCUCUUUAAAUAUUCCAGAGAUGAAGAUUCUGUAUUUAUUCCAUCAUGGAAAUAAGACAGCUCAUAAUAAAAGUGUUGCACUUUAGAUGAGACUGUUGUAUAAGCACUUCCCUGCUGUGGCAUCUCCUUUACUCUUGUGUUAAAUGCUAUAUCUUUAAGAGAUAAUUUAUUUUUGCCCGUGGAAUAAAUAGGUGAAUGAGCA